AUGGUUACCGACUCUUCUUACUGCAAGAAGAGAGCCUCGUUUCUUGAGCUCGAUCGGCUAAAGUUCAAGGAUCGCGACCGACUUGAUGACCAGUUUGUAUUUUGGAGAUCGGCGAAGGACAAAUUCAUGGUUAGCCAGCAAUGGGAUAUCAGGCAAAGACAGUACAUGGGCUCGAGAUACGACGCGAGGGAAGGAGCGUUUGACUGGGAUCUGCAGAUGGGUCUUCAUGACCGAGGAGCAAAGACGAUUAUGAAACACGAGUACAAGAAUUUCCGGGCCACUGGCGUUGCUUUUUCACCCGAAGAAAAUGAAAACCACGAAGCUCCAAACAGAUCUCUUUCUUCGAGCAAAGUAAUGGGAGAUGGCCGUGGCGAUAAAAACGCUUACAGAGGAUACUGGGUAGGAAAAAAGGUGUAG